AUGGCGUCGGUCACUAGAGACACCCAGGCAGAAGAAACUCUUCUCUUGAUCGGCGUGAUGGGGGUGACGGGAUCAGGGAAGAGCACGUUUGUACAAAAGGCCAGUGGUAAAAGUGAAGUUGUGAUUGGCCACACGCUUGAGGCUUGUACCCAGAAAGUCACCCCGUACGAUUUCCAUGUAGGCGGGUACCACGUCGUGCUAGUCGACACCCCAGGCUUCAAUGACACAUACAAAAGCGACACUGAGAUAUUGAUCGACCUGGCGGACUGGCUCGAGGUCACGUACCGACGGAAUGUGCGUCUGAACGGCAUCAUUUACCUCCACAGGAUUACAGACGUCCGCAUGGAUGGCGGCUCGAUGCGUAACCUCAAAAUGUUCAGGAAGCUCUGCGGCUCUGAUCCGAUGAAGAAUGUUAUCAUUACCUCUACCUUUUGGGGUGUCAUUCCCGAGAACAAGGCUGUUGCCCAUGAGACAGAACUCAAGGACAAAUCCGACUUUUGGGGAGACAUGAUCGAAUAUGGUGCACGAGUUGAACGGUUUAUGGGAGACCGCAAGUCGGCCUUGGACAUCAUAAUGGAGCUGGCUGGCAAACCUACCGUUGUUCUCGAGCUUCAGCAGGAGCUUGUCGAUGAAGAAAAGCCGAUCCAUGAAACUAGCGCUGGAGCCGCAGUCAAUGAAGAGCUCCAGAAGAUGGAGAGCAAGUAUAUGGCCGGGCUCAAGCAGCUCCAGCGAGAAACGGCAGAAGCUCUCGCGGACAAGGACGUGCAAGUACAAACAAUAUUGGGGAGAGAGCGAGAGAGGAUGGAACACAGGCUAGAAAAGAUUCGUGACGAUCAGGAGCUGCUGCGUCAAGAGCGGCGCGAGGAGAUCCGGCAGAUUGAGGCCGAGCACCAGAGCCGGUACAGCCAUGUCCAGUCGCAGUAUGAGCGCGUGUAUGAGAAGCAGAAGGCAGCUGCCGAAGUCCAGCGGACGGAAGACCGGCAGGCAUUCCGAGAACAAAUGUCCGAGAUGCACCUGAAGAACGCUGCGCUUGAGGCGCGACUGCUCGAAAAUUCCGCCCCCAGAAGUAAGCAAAAGGCAGGUCAUGAUGAUAGUCAUAGGCGUGCUCUGCAAGAGCAGACUGGCGCUGACGGCUCCAGCAGAGAAGGCAGCAAGGUGCUGAGUGAUGACAUGCAACGAGACGACAGCAAAGGCACUACACCCGAGAAAUCCGAUCGCCGGGCAAAGAUGUUGGAAGUGGGAAGUGCGCUGCUAAGUAUUGCCGCCUCCGGGGCCAUGUGCGCUGUGAACCCCGUAGCUGCUGUGGGCGUCGUCGGGGGGGUCAUUGAUCUUAUAAACAUCAUUGGGAGGCGGAGUUCCAAUCGAGCAGGUCGAAAAGCUGCCGAGCAGUCUGAUACCUAUACAUCUCCCGGAGACACGUGA